GGGCAGUGAGGAGCGCAGGAGCAGGAGCAAGCUACCACUGGGUCCCAGGACUGUUUAUUUUCUCUUCUCUGCCUACGAGUGCCAGCCCAUGAGAGCCACGCUCUUCCCAGACUAUCACUUUUAAGAGCCCUCUAUUCCCAGUACACUCAUAGUGUGGAUGAUGCUCCUGCACGAUGCCUUUCCUUUUGGGUCUUAGACAGAGCCAAAGAAAGCAGCCACUUCCUCUAGUGAGAGCCCAUGCUGAUGUGACUCGCCCCUUCCCGUCCACUUUCCUUGACAAGGAUAAGGAAGCCUGUGUGGGUACCAACAAUCAGAGCUACAUCUGUGACACAGGACACUGCUGUGGACAGUCUCAGUGCUGCAACUACUACUAUGAACUCUGGUGGUUCUGGCUGGUGUGGACCAUUAUCAUCAUCCUGAGCUGCUGCUGUGUCUGCCACCACCGCCGCGCCAAGCACCGCCUUCAGGCCCAGCAGCGACAACACGAAAUAAACCUGAUCGCCUACCGGGAAGCCCACAAUUUCUCAGCACUGCCAUUUUAUUUCAGGUUUUUGCCAAACUAUUUACUACCUCCUUAUGAGGAAGUGGUGAACCGCCCUCCGACGCCUCCCCCGCCAUAUAGUGCCUUCCAGCUCCAGCAGCAACAGCAGCAGCAGCAGCAGCAGCUGCCCCCUCAGUGCAGCCUUGCAAGUGGUGGGUCCCCUGGCACCGAUCCCCCCAGGAGCUCCCCUGGGGUGCAGAGCAGUUCCUUGUCUGGGCCCAGCAGAAGUACCCCAAGACCCCCAAGUGUUGCUGACCCUGAGCCCUCUGAUAUGCCAGCCGACGCAGCCACCAAAGUCCCUGGAAUGGAGCUGAGUGGCUCAGUGGCUGGCCUUGGGGAGCUGGAGCCAGGGGCCUUCCUGGGCAAGGAUUCAGAGUGCAAGGAGGAGCUGCUGAAAGAUUACAGCUCAGAGCAGGGCGGUGCCCUCCCUGAUAGCAAGGAGAAGACUCCCGGCAGACAUCGCCGCUUCACUGGGGACUCCGGCAUUGAGGUGUGUGUGUGCAGCCGCAGCCACCACGAUGACGAAGACCUCAAAGAGUUCAGCACGCUCAUUGACGAUGCUCUGGACGAGCUCCUGGACUUCUGUGACAGCUGCCACGAGCGGCCUCCUGCAGACGAGGAGGAAGGGCUUUGCCAACCCUCCGAGGAGCAGGCUCCAGAGCCGGGGCGCGCCCACCUGCCACGGCCCCCCUCGGGCCUGCUGCUGAACACCAUCAAUGAGCAGGACUCGCCACAGCCCAAGAGCAGCAGCUCCCCCAGCUAGAGCAGGCCUGCGGCCCAAGGAGGACUAAGCAAGUCACCCGAGCACGGGGCCCACAGAAGCAUUAAGGGGCUUUCCUGGGAAGUGGUGGAGCCACUUUGUUCUUUGUUCUUUUCCUUCUCUGCUCCAUGUUACUGCACUUCCAGGUACAGUUCGGGGUGUGGACACCUCUGCCCCCCACAGAAAGCGCAGUGUUGUGGAGUGUGGGGAAGCUGGUCCUGUGACUCAUUCCUCAUGUCCCACCGCACCUGUUUGUCUUUUACAGUCCAGCACCUCCACUUGCUUGGGUCACAGUUGCUUUAAAAGACUUUAGAGCCCCCAAGGAAGGGGCUGGGACUGUGUUCUCAGAUGGUUCUUGGCGUGGAGAGAAUGUAUGCUCUGGUCUUAGUUUAAGAGAACUGUGCUGUGUCUUGGUCCAGGAGAGGGGAGCUGUCUUGACAGAGUCCAGAGAGGCCUGGGGCUUGGUGCCACCUCCCUGAGCGGGCACGUGGGAGCGUCAGGCGGGCUGGUGGGGAGCUCACGUUUGCUCAGCUCCCAGGUGCCACUGCACGUCUCGGACCCUGCGCAGGCUCCGGCUGGUGUCCUGCCAGGAGUGGAGAGAGGCCACUGCCUUCUCUUUGGUGUUUUCUUUACACGCAAGCCACCAAGAACCUUAAUAGCAGGCAGGCCAGAGCUCUCCUGUGGACAGGGAUCCCUGGGGCUCCUCGGCAGGUUGCCUGUCUCAGAGCCUGGAGGCCGCUGCAGUGUAAGGGGGGAGGCUGACCCUGGGGCAGUGAGGGCCACCUGCAGCUCAGGCCGUCUGUGCCUGCUGUGACCAGCAUCCUUCCAUCUGAGCAUGUGGCCUGCACUGCUCGUGUCUCCCUGUACCCUGUGAACACGCAGAGUGAGGCAGCUGUGAGUCCUAGGACAGGUGGCCCGGGCCCAGUUCUCAUACAGUGUUUUCUCUUUUAAUUCUUAAUACAUCUUUUGUUGUUGUUUGUUUGUUUUAAAGUGACCACUUGGAAAAAAAUACCUUGGUUACCUGUGUUUCUUGUGUCCUGCCCCGCCCCUGUGGGUUGAGGCAACUCACUUGUCUGUAGCCUAUGGAAAGAGGCUUGGGGCCCAGCCAGAGGGCAGAGGCAGCCUCAGGCGGGACAGCAGGACCCUUGUUACUCUAAAUGAGAGGGCAGGCAACCGAGACUAACAUUCCCCAACCAGCCCUGUUCAUAGGAAACCUUUGGGUUUUUCCUGCUCUUGAACCAUGAUAUUCAGACUAGGUGUUAAUGUUACAGUAAGAAAAGAAAACAGGAUACGUGCACAAAAGCACAUUCAUGCCUAUGAGGUAAAUGAGUGUUUCCUUUUGGAUUCUACUAAACCAAAACCCAGGUUGAACGAAGAGAAAUCUGUACACAGUGACUUUUUGGAUGUGUGUGUGUGUGUGUGUGUGUGUGUGUAUGUGUGUGUAUGUCUAUGUCUAUGUCAGCGUCAGUCCCAAACUGUGUUCCUGUGAAGAUACUUUGAAUGGCAGCCGUUCUGCUCACAUUAACCCACAUCCAGAGCAGACAUGGCCCUCUCAAGGUGAUGUAUUUGUGUGCAUUAUGUUUACUGAACAAAUGACUGGCUGUGUGCUUGGGUAUACCAGCACCAUUGCCAGCAGCAGCUGCACUUGGCCGAGAUGCUGCACUCAAGGAAGGGUCUCCCUCGUCAGUGCGAUUUGCACCUGCUGCGUGGCCACUCGGAGGCCUGUGUUUUGCUCCCUGCGGCAGAGCCGACCUCCAAACUUGCCUGCCUCCCUCCGUUGCUCCUCAUGCUCCAUGUCAGGAGGUCCGCACCGCUCGGGCCUGAAAGCAGAGGUGGCGUUCCAGACAGAAGCUUGGUGGAUUCUCAGAGGCAAGCUCGGACAGCUGCAGCCCAGGCGGUGGCCUGCCCAGGACGGUCAGGAGGCCUCAGCGAAUGCCGUCGCACCGCAGCGCUCGCCACUUCUGAGCGAGGCCGGGGAGGCCAGGGAGCGACCGUGGGCAUCAGCAGCCCUGAUACCUUCUUCCACCUUUCUUUCAUGUCCCAAAGAGCUCACUGAAGUGCUCCAGAAGAGAAGAAGUCCUACCAAAAUGAAUCUUCUAAGUGGGUGAAUUCUGACCCUCUUACGUCCUUUCUUGUCGCCGCGGGCGCUAGCCUGCAGAGCCCUGCCCUGAAGGCCGCAGUCUGGCCCUGCUGCUGGACGCUGUGUGUUCAGGGAGGAGGGUGUAGUUCGGGGCCCAGGAGACAUGAGUGAGUCUGGCUUUCCAGGUCAGUGGGAAGAGGCUUGGUGGCGGGUUUGGUGCUACAGAGGAAGAUCUGCAGAUGCAGACACAUUCCCGCGCGAGGCGCACCACGUUUGUCGGUUCGUGUGCAUAUGUGUAUUUUAAGCAAUAAGAUUCAGCUAGUCACUUUUCUGGGCAGUUUUGGUGACGCAUUUCCUGUGCUGUGGUUGUUCUAAAGACAGAGUGGCUCUAACCACUGUGAGAACCUCAAAUAAAAACCAAUCCCCAAAGCC